AUGGGUGUAGCCAGCCAGUCCAUGUUUAGCCCUUCAAUCAGACAGGGCACAAGAGGUAAUCGGACUCAGUCAGUAAAUUUAUCAGUUCCUCAUAAUAACCAAACUCAGGUAGGACGUGCACCAGCUAGAUCCAGCAACACAAGCGAUGGCCAAAACCGUUUGUAUGCUUUGACCGGGCGUCAGGAUAUCGAUGCCCGUACUGAUGUUGUCACUGGUAUACUCACCGUUUUCAGUUUCGAUAUUUAUGCUCUCAUGGACCCUGGAUCCACCCUAUCCUAUGUCACCCCUUAUGUUGCUAGGAAAUUUGUUGAUUAUAGAACCAAAGCUGUAAAUUUCAAGUUUCCUAAUGAGCCAGUCUUAAAGUGGAAGGGCGAUUCAGUAAGUCCUAAGGAAGUCUUUCUCGAGGAUCUUCCCGGAAUUCCUCCGGAUAGGGAAAUUGAUUUCGCAAUUGACCUACUUCCAGGUACGAAACCUAUAUCUAUUCCAUCUUAUAGGAUGGAUCCAGCUGAAUUACGCGAGCUUAAGGAUCAACUCAAAGAUCUUUUAGACAAGGGUUUUAUCCGACCCAGUGUCUCUCCAUGGGGUGCCCCAGUCCUAUUUGUUCGCAAUAAAGAUAGUUAUUUGCCAGCAUUUAUGGACCUCAUGAAUAGAGUCUUCAAGCCAUAUCUCGACCUCUUUGUCACUGUCUUCAUAGAUGAUAUACUCAUUUGCUCCCGUAGUGAGGCCGAACACGUAGAACACCUUCGUAUAGUUCUUCAGAUUCUUAAGGACUGCAAGUUAUAA